GUCAGCCAGAGGAGCCCAGCGUGUACACCAGCCUCAGUGUGACAGAGUGUGGAGACACAAAAAUGGAUGGUGACCAGAGCCUAUAACCUGUUAGUUUUUCUACACUUCAUCUGCUACAAGUUCCAGCUUAGAAAUGGAUAUUCUUUGUGUAGAAAACACUUCUCUGAGCUCAAGUACAAACUGCUUGAUGCAACUAAAUGAUGGCACAAGGCUUUACAAUAAUGACUUUAAUUCUGGAGAAGCUAACACUUCAGAUGCAUUUAACUGGACAGUGGACUCAGAAAAUCGAACCAACCUUUCCUGUGAGGGCUGUCUCUCACCACCGUGCUUCUCCUUACUUCACCUCCAGGAGAAAAACUGGUCUGCUUUGCUGACAGCUGUAGUGAUUAUUCUGACCAUUGCUGGAAACAUACUCGUCAUCAUGGCAGUGUCCCUAGAGAAAAAGCUGCAGAAUGCCACCAACUAUUUCCUGAUGUCACUUGCCAUAGCUGAUAUGCUGCUGGGCUUCCUUGUCAUGCCCGUGUCCAUGUUAACCAUCCUGUAUGGUUACAGGUGGCCUCUGCCUAGCAAGCUCUGUGCAGUCUGGAUUUACCUGGAUGUGCUUUUCUCCACGGCUUCCAUCAUGCACCUCUGUGCCAUCUCGCUGGACCGCUACGUUGCCAUCCAGAACCCCAUCCAUCACAGCCGCUUCAAUUCCAGAACUAAGGCAUUUCUGAAAAUAAUUGCUGUUUGGACCAUAUCAGUAGGUAUAUCCAUGCCAAUACCAGUCUUCGGGCUACAGGAUGAUUCCAAGGUCUUUAAGGAAGGGAGUUGCUUACUUGCUGACGAUAACUUUGUUCUGAUAGGCUCCUUUGUGUCAUUUUUCAUCCCCUUAACCAUCAUGGUAAUCACCUAUUUUCUAACUAUCAAGUCACUCCAGAAAGAAGCUACUUUGUGUUUGAGUGAUCUUGGCACUCGGGCCAAAUUAGCUUCUUUCAGCUUCCUUCCCCAGAGUUCCCUGUCUUCAGAAAAGCUCUUCCAGCGGUCGAUCCACAGGGAGCCAGGGUCCUAUGGCAGGAGGACUAUGCAGUCCAUCAGCAAUGAGCAGAAAGCCUGCAAGGUGCUGGGCAUCGUCUUCUUUCUGUUUGUGGUGAUGUGGUGCCCCUUCUUCAUCACGAACAUAAUGGCCGUCAUCUGCAAAGAGUCCUGCAAUGAGGACGUCAUCGGGGCCCUGCUCAAUGUGUUUGUUUGGAUCGGUUACCUCUCCUCAGCAGUGAACCCACUGGUGUACACACUGUUCAACAAGACCUACAGGUCAGCCUUUUCGCGGUAUAUUCAGUGUCAGUACAAGGAAAAUAAAAAACCAUUGCAGUUAAUUUUAGUGAACACUAUCCCAGCCUUGGCCUACAAAUCUAGUCAACUCCAAAAGGAACAUAAAAAGAGUUCAAAGAAAGAUGCCAAGACAACAGGGAACGACUGCACUAUGGUUCCUCUAGGAAAACAAAAUUCAGAAGAUGCUCCUACAGACAAUAUCAACACAGUGAAUGAAAAGGUUAGCUGUGUGUGAGAGACCAGCUGCCAUGGCAACCGUGGAGGACCCACAGAACAGAUUUGCACCUAUCUGGACAAAAGGAAAGAAAAGAUAAUAGGAGACUGGAAAAAAUUAGGCGGGUCUAAUAGAACCAACAACAAUAUCUACAUGCCUCAUUUUAUUCAGUUAGUUAAAAGCAGGGUUAAAUGCCACAAAAUGUGCACUUCAAAAAUGUUCUGACAGCAUUUCAGCUGUGAGCUUUAUGAUGCUUAUUUUUAACAUUGUAAAUGAUAUGUCUUUAAAGUAAUUAGCUUUUAUUGUGUAAUUAUAAUGAGGACACAAAUCUAAAUUAACUUCUAUUUUCAAGUGAAAACCUUGCUACUAUGCUGUUAAUUGAUGGCAUGAGUUGGUUACCUACUGCUGUAAAUAGAAAUAGCUAUAAACAGUGAAAAGUUGAUUGAAUAGCAUAGCUUCUUAAAGAACAAUUCUCUUUAAAACUUACCAUGAUACGUAUUUGGAACAAUAAAAAAAUAAGGCACUAAGAACAGUGUUAUGAAGUCAGUAUUGCUAAGAUAAUUAAAUGAAAUACUUGACAACGUUUUCAUAGUUGCCAUUUUGAUAUACUCACAAAGUUGCUGGCAUUUGCUGCAUUUCAGGUUAAUUCUUCUCAGAAGUGAAAAAGAUUUUAAUGUUAUUUCAUAAAUAUUGCUGCUUUCUCUUCUACUACCUGUGCUUUACUCUGAAUUUAAAAUAUGGUCUUUAGUGUUUGUUCUACUAGCUAUCCUAUCAAAAGGAUAAUUUAAUGUUACCUAAUACAUUCCUAGCAAUUGCUUCUCCUAAACGGCACCAUAGAGGUGUUUGGUAAUUUGCUCUUUAUGACGGCAUCAUGCACACUCUCUUAGCGCAGUAAGCAGUAUUGAUGUGACUGUGUCAGGACUGAGGAAUAAACUCGGGCUUUUGGCUACUGACAGCAAUAGGGUCUUAGGACAUCUCUGUAAAAUGCAGGUGACCCUCCUAUGGGCACCCAUCAAUCAGGUAAAUUGAUGCUCUCAGAGCAAUCAAUCUAUAUUCUUUACUGUUCGGCUUUGGUUUCACAAUCAUCUUCUGAGUGUAUACUAUCUAUGAGGAAAUGUCCUAGGUACUAAAGAUAUAAAAAUAAUUAAAAUAAGAUCUUUGCCUUUAAAGGAAAUGACCUAAUUGGACUGGUCCUUGUCAAAAAUAUUAACAGACUUAUUUUGAGAAUCAAUUCAAUUUAUUUAUUUCUUACUGGUUCAGAAAGUGGUUUGUUUCUACUGAGGGUAGUUUUCUCAAUAGGUUUCCUGAUGAACAUUAACAAAGCACAGGACGGGGAAAAUAUCACUUGAGGUCAAAAUUUACAAUUAGUUUAAAACUGGGUACUUCAACCUGGAUCCAACCUAUGACUACCAAAGUUUUGAGGAAAUUUUUUGUUCUAUGUCCCUAAAGACUACCCACUGACAUUGUACUCCCCAAUUUUUCUUUAAAAAAAAAGCAGUAAUAUAAUAUUUUCUAUUGAAUGAGAAAUCGUUUUUUGCUCUAAGCCAUUUGAAAAAUAUAUAGAUUUAAAAACUAAAGAACAUGGGAGGUGCCAUUGUAUAAUUUGGAAAUGCAUUAGGGCUAUCCUAAUUAUGUCCUUAUAGAUACAAUGAAAGGUGUUUAGUUUAAAGGUAGAAUUUAUAGCAAAUCACUAGUAUAAAGGCUGCAUUUGAUCUGAACUACUUUAAAGAUUAUACCAUACUAACUAAUAAAAAUACAAGUGUUAAAAAGUCUCUGCUCUUAUGCAUUUUGCCUUAGUUUAUAACUCUGCACAUCUCAUUAUAAGUUAGAGAAAAGAUUACAGAUUCCACCCAUAUACUCAAUCUUGAUAAAAAUGAACAUAAAUACUGCCUGACAGAUGUCUUUUGAGUACAUAUAUGUUACAAAUGUGUGUGUUUUUCUCUCCAUAAGUAUCUAUUCAGGUAUAUAUUAUAGACAAAUGUGCAUCUGUAUACAUGUACAGACAUGUUCCCAUGCACUUUAUUUGAUAUUUAUAUAUUUACAUGGAGGAAAAGCAAGAGUCAUUAAUGAAAACACUCAGUAUAUACAUAUGUGUGCAUGUUUGUAUCAUGUUGAUUCAAAUGUGAAUUAAUGUUCUAAUGUUUCUAUGACCUUCCAUUGCUGUCAAAGCAGAUUAAAAUGUAACAAGUAUAAGUUCUUUAAAUAAACUGGAAGUUGAGCUAAUUUUAUGGGAAGACUAUAACACAACUCUAUGAGGGUUUGGAAAACAAUGGUCCUCCUAUAUAGUUGAUUGACCUUAAAUAAAAUGGUACCUUCCGGACCUUUGUUUAGUUUGGAGACUUUCUGACUAUUAAGGCUUUUUAAAUACACCCCUCACCCCAGUGAAACACAGUCCUUGAAUGAUUAAUGGAUCUGUAAUUAAAGAACUCUGUCCUAGUCAAUACUAUUAAAAUAGAGUGAGCAACCUUAUUCUACUUUAAGUUGAAGAGCAGAUUCUUCUAUACUUAAAGAAAGAAAUUAAAUACCUUAAUUAGGAAAACUCUCAGUUUAAAGCAUACUUAAUCUCUUAGCCACAGCACUUAUCUCAUGGUCAUUUUUUAAAGCGCUACUGUAGCCAAAUGGAACUAAGUUACUGUACUGCUUUUGGCAAAGGGUGCUUCUCCUAUUAGUGCAUCAAUGAAACAUAUUUAUAAAGUUUUUAAGUUAUUCUGUGCCAUAUGUAACAAAAAGUUAAGAUUAUUUUAUGUAAUGAUUUUAAUCAAGUCUAUUCUAAAAGAUUUCAAGAUAGAAUGAAUAAUUGUAAAUAAAGCAUACUCAAAAAUAAAUGUAAUUUUGUGAGUUCA